AUGGCUCGGACGGCGCUCUCGCUGAUUCCCUCGCCUGAUCCGGACACUUUCACCGAGCUCCUCGUCAACGACCUGCACGUCCCGCUCGACUCGACAGCCUCGAUGCGAAGGUGGCUUCCAGGACAUCUCUGGACGCUCGCGCACGAGUGGCUGAACGCGAUGGACGAGCGGGAAGGAAUUGUCCCGCCGCCCAUUCCUCCCUUGCCUGGACUGCCUCGCCGCCUUGCGCCAAUCCCAGGCGUUCUGCCUGUUCCUGCGAGUCCCGAACCCUCUGACUUUCUUCCCGACGCCGAAACCGACCUCGCGCAAGCAGCUGGUAGUCCGGCCGCUGAAGAGGGCUGCGACGACGUCCAGGUUGCUCACGGUGCUAGCGAAGACCAGCCGCUGCCGAGCUCUCUCUCUCAAGCUCAGCCUCUCACACGAGCUGAACGCCUGGAGCGCAGACUUCAGCAGAAGGAGAAGCAGCAGCUAGAGCAAAGGCGACGGUUGGACGGCUCCGGCUCGAAGGACACGCAGUCGCCUUGGACUACUCCCCUCGCAGUGCGGCCUCUUGCGCGUUCAGCGGCUUCGGGCAUGCGGCAUGAGCGAUGCGGGUCACCACGCAGGAAGUCCGCCCUCGCCUCCGAGCUCAUCGCAGGAAUUGCGCCGCCUUCGUCUCGCUAUCGGGCGCCGCUUAACGAGCGAAACGGAUCAGCCAUCUUGCAGGAUUUGUUCCAGGUCGGAACGCUGCGCUUCGCUCCACCGAAGGAAGUCGCGACGUCUUCGAACUUGCCGAGCAUUCAAGUCGUCCCGCCCACCUCGCCUCAGCCACCGACGUCGGCGCCGCUUUCCCCCCAGCAAAUUGAUCCGCUCACUCCAGACGACCUCUCGAGGUCGCCCGCCCGGCGGCCACUGAAGCGAGUCAAGGUGAACCAGCUGGGCGAACCGGUCAAAAGGCGCCUUCACAUCGAGCCGGACGACGCGUUCAUCCUGCCCUUCCAGUUCCCGGCGAACUCGUAG